AUGGGAGGAGAUCAUCGUAGGAGGCCAUCAUUAAUGCCUCUAAAUAAUUGUAUCUCCUCCCUUUCUUUGCUCUUCAUUUCCCUUUACCUUCUCACAUCAAACCAUGCUUAUGCUGUUUCAGCCCCUUCUUCAUCACCAUCUGCUUCGUAUGAGCCGUUUGAUAAUUAUCUUAUCGAUUGUGGGUCUUCCAUGGAAACAAAGCUGGAUGAUGGACGGGUGUUCAUGUCGGAUUCUGAAUCCACCACUUACUUAUCCACUAAACAAGAUAUCCUAGCGUCGGUUGAUUCCAUUCGCAGCAGUGUCUUCCCCGAUCCCACCUUUUCUUCAAUGGCGGAUUUAUACAAAACCGCGAGGGUUUUCAAUGGUGUCUCAAAAUAUACGUUUUCCAUCUCGAAACCAGGCAAACAUUGGGUUCGUCUUUACUUUUACCCUCUUCAUCACCCUCUCUACGAUCUUAAAACCGCGGUUUUCACUGUCCAUACCCAGAAGUUCGUCCUUUUACAUGAUUUCUCUGUAGGUGAUGAUUCUAAGGUGGCUUUCAAGGAGUAUCUCGUUAACGCUACACAACAUUUCUCCCUCGUUUUCGAGCCGAAAAAGGGUUCAUGCGCGUUUGUUAACGCCAUCGAGAUCGCGGCUGUUCCCGAUGAAGUUUUCUCUGAUUCUGCACUGAUGGUUCCGCAAGGUGGCACUGUGAAUGGCUUGUGGAAUUAUGUUUUGGAAGUUUCGUAUCGGUUGAAUAUGGGAGGACCAACGUUGAGUCCAAAAAACGAUACAUUGGCGAGGACAUGGCUGCCUGAUGAGCCAUACAAUGUGUUUCCACAAGGAGCUCAAGCUGUGAAAGUUUCUUAUAUCAGGCUUGAUAAACGGAUUACUCGGUUCAUUGCUCCUGAUUUAGUUUACGAAACCGCGAAAAGGAUGACACCCGAGGCGUAUGCUCAGACGAUGGAGCCGAAUUUCAAUCUCACUUGGACAGUGAAAGUCGAUGCAGGAUACUCGUAUCUCAUAAGGAUGCACUUUUGCGACAUUGUAAGCAAGUCCCCCAAUGACUUGUACUUCAAUGUGUAUAUAAACAGCUUUAUGGUGGUUUCGAGUCUCGAUCUCACUGCAGCAGCUGGUGGCUUGGCCACUCCGUAUUACAUGGAUUUCGUGCUCAAUGCGUCGGUCAUCACGAACAAUUCUAUCCUGGUUCAAGUCGGUCCAUCCUCGAAUGGUGGCCUACCUGAUGCAAUCCUCAAUGGCUUGGAGAUCAUGAAGCUGAGCAACUUUGCUGGUAGUUUGGAUGGUUUGUAUGCUGUUGAUGGUUCAUACAAGGGGAAACCUAUGAAACUCAAAGUGGUUGCAAUUUCAGGGCUCUGUAUGGCCUUCUUCGCCAUGUUCUUCCUCGGAAUUGUUUGUAUCCGGUGGAGAAAACGGCCUUGCAAUUGGCAAAAACAGAAGAGCUUCUCGUCGUGGCUUUUACCGGUCCAUGGAGGCAGUUCGAAUUUCUUGAGCAUAUCCCGGAAAACGAGCAUGUUUGGCUCAAGGAAAAGUAAGAGUGGACACUCAAGUUUGUACUCUACUCAGGGUCUUGGCAGGUCCUUCACUUUAGCUGAGCUACGAACCGCGACACAUAAUUUUGAUGAAAAGACGGUGGUUGGUGUCGGUGGGUUCGGGAAAGUGUUCCUUGGGACCCUAGAAGACGGAACCAAGGUCGCAAUAAAACGAGGAAACCAGGGAUCCGAACAAGGCAUAGACGAAUUCAAUACCGAAAUACAAAUGCUUUCAAAGCUUAGGCAUCGCCAUCUCGUGUCACUUAUAGGAUUUUGUGACGAGGAAUCGGAGAUGAUCCUGGUUUACGAGUACAUGGCCAAUGGUCCGUUCCGCGACCAUCUCUAUGGUUCGAAUGACAAACCGACUCUGUCCUGGAAACAAAGGCUCGAUAUCUGCAUUGGUGCAGCGCGAGGAUUGCAUUAUCUCCACACCGGUGCAGCACAAGGGAUCAUCCACCGCGACGUAAAGACAACAAAUAUUCUUCUAGAUGAUAACUUUGUAGCCAAAGUAUCUGAUUUCGGGCUCUCAAAAGCUGCUGCAAUGGAGCAAGGCUAUGUCAGCACUGCAGUGAAGGGUAGCUUCGGGUACCUCGAUCCAGAAUACUUCAGAAGACAACAACUAACAGAUAAAUCAGACGUUUACUCGUUUGGUGUGGUGCUUUUCGAGGUUUUAUCGGCAAGGCCAGUGAUAUGCCCCGGGCUUCCGAGGGACCAAGUUAGUUUAGCCGAAUGGGCAAUGCAGUGGCAUAGAAAAGGGAUGAUUGAGAACAUCGUGGACCCCAAGAUUACAGGGAGUAUCAAUGAAGAAUCAUUGAAAAAGUUUGCAGAAGCUGCAGAGAAAUGCUUGGCUGAAUAUGGAGCUGACAGGCCAAGCAUGGGGGAUGUGUUGUGGAACUUGGAAUCUUCAUUGCAACUUCAAGAAGCUUCUUCAAAGAUUGAUGAAUCAUUAGAAAGAAAACGAGGUAUAGAUCCCGACGCCAUUGCCAACCUUCUUUCUGGAAUUGAUGAUGAUUCUGAGGUGAAUGUUGCCUCUCACUUGAAUUUUCCAAAUGUGGGAAAUAUCCAAGCAAGGUAAA